CCGGCCAGUGGAGGGAUGGGGGGCUCCAGCAGCCGCUGAACCCAGACAAACUGGACCAGGGGCCGAGGCGGAAGUAGUGGUCUCUGCCCACCCUCGGGUGACUUCGGUUGGAUUUACUCCGCGCCAACAUGCCGUUCGCCAAGCGAGUCGUGGAGCCCCAGUUUCUGUGCAGGUACCAGGUCCCGAACGAGGAGGCUGUGCUCUUCGAGGACCUGGUCUCCGUCAGUCAUGUGGCUCUAUCCCGGACCUUGCGGCAGCUGUCGGACUUGGCCAAACACGCCUGCUCCAUAUUCCAGGAGCUGGAGAGCGACCUGGCCUCCACCAGCCUGCGGGUCAGGGGGCUGCAGAGGAAGAUCGGCCGGCUGGAGCAGACCUGCUCCGAGCUGGACCCCAAACAGGAGGCCGUGCCGGUGUCCAACCUGGAUGUGGAGAGUAAGCUGACGACACAUUACCAAGCUCCGUGGCACCAGCAGAGGAACAUUUUCCACCACUCCACGCGGCCAGUAUGUGUAGAAGAGCUCCACAGGCAAGCCAACCUCAGCCUGUGGGCCCUGCACCGAGAUUACCAGAGCAGACGAUCGGGCAGCAGGGAGCGGAGGGUCACCAUCUCCAUCUCAGCCGUGCCCCCGAUGCCCAGGAUCCCUUCCCCUCACAUCAUCAAGAGACAAGAGAGAAGUGGCACGAAUUCAACCACGUUUGAAUCCAUCCGCUCCUCCUCCCCUACCGAAUGUUGUCACUUCUCUCCCUGGAGCAGAAAGGCUGCGCCCUCUGACCCUGACACUGAUGGGGUGGCUCUAGGUCACCGGUCUAAGUUUCCCAUCCUUAACAUCCCCUCCACCCUGGACAAGCAGACUAACUGGUCUGAAGCCUUGCCGCUGCCUACCCCAGAGGAGCGAAUGAAAAGCAAUUCCCACGUCAUCACCUCAUGUGUCAUCCCCAUUAAUGUGACUGGGGUUGUCUUUGACAGAGAUGCUAGUGUGCGCUGCUCGCUCGUUCACUCCCAGUCGUUGCUUCAGAGAAGAAGGAAGCUGCGGAGACGGAGGACUGUCGCUGGCAUUCCCAGACAGGUGCAGCAAGAUUUGGACUCUGAUGACUCUCCAAGUUCUAGAGAGCGGACAGUGAUCGUUCAUGUCAGUCCAAACAUCACUCCCUCUAAUGAGGAGCUGGACAGCCAUUUCAGCACGAGAGACUCAGGUUGCCAAACUGAAGACUUUCUGAUCUCUGGAGCCCCGUCUCGCAGGAGGAUCAGGGCCCAAAGAGUCCAGGGAGUCUCCCUCUCCCUCUCUUACUCUGCAGGCAACAUCACCUCCUUGCCCGACAGAGCUGACGCCAUGUUCACUGCCUCUGUGGACGCACGCCUGCGCUCAAGGAGUCUGCCUCGAGACACGAGCAGGAUCAUGGAUAACGGGCAAAAUGACAGUUAUGAUGAGGAGGAGCUUUGCCCCUUCGACCCAGAGAACUUCCUGCCUGUACCCAGGAAGUUGCUUCUGAAGGAUGAAGAGGAGAGCACAGAUGACCAGGCCAUUUCUGAACACCAGUUGGGCCUCAAGUACAAGCAGCUCUCUGAGAGUCCAGAGCGCAGCUGGAUGGAGAGGACCAGAUCCCAUCUGCCCAGGAAGACGGACAUGGGCAGCUGUGAGAUCUCCUCUAGUUCAGACACCUUCAGCAGCCCUGUCCAUUCCGGCUCUGCUGCAGGGGUGCUGGCAGGCCAGAUGGACCACAAGGAGGACCACCAGUCUUCUAGCGGAAACUGGAGCGGGAGCAGCUCCACCUGCCCCUCACAAACCUCAGAGACUAUCCAACCUGCAGCCUCUCCACCACUGACCAGCUCCUCACACUGCGACUCCGAACUCUCCCUAAACGCCGCCACUCACAACAAUGACGACCCAACCGGCUUCAUGCUGGACCACUACCAGGGCAUCAGGACCCAGCGGACGGGCUCCUUCUCCUCCACAGCGAUGGACAUAUUAGAGGAAGCAGGGGUCAGCACUCCCAUCGAGCAGGAGUGGAGUUACCCCCACCCCGAGAUUGAGCGCCCCCAGGAUUUCAGCCCCGAGCCAAACAGAGAAGCAGAGAGCAGCCUAGGCUGCCCAAGCUACACCAGCAUGGUCACCUGCGAGAGCAGCUACUCUGACAAACCGCCAUCAGAGAAGGCAGACAAUGUGUCCCACUAUUCUGUGGACAGUGAAGGGUACUACACCUCCUUGCACUUUGACUGUGGAAUGAAAGGUAGCAAAAGCUUUACUUAUAACUAUGGCGCCUCUGGCUCCGACUGUGGCCUGUCUGACAUAAGUGGUCACAUGUCGCUGUCGAGACGCUGCCUCUCUUUAAGAAAGCCUAAGGCGAAGCCAUCUCCACCGAAGAGGAGUUCAUCCUUAAGGAAAAUAUGCAGUGAUGGCAAUAUCCAUGACACGAAGGAACCAAAGAUUACAUGUGGGCAGCAACGUCCACUGUCUUCCAAGGAGAGGAGACUGCAGCUAGCUUUGUGCGGCUCUCCGGGUCUUAUAGAAAACUCCUCACGGUCCAGAGAGCCCCUUGUGGUCUGGGGGGUGGAGGACCCAGUCGAUCUACCCGACCUAGGUGCUUUUAGCUCCACAGAUGCACAUUCGUUCAAGGAUGACGGGGUCGUUCAGUCAGAUUAUGCAGAUCUGUGGAUGCUGAAUGAUUUAAAAUCCAGCGAUCCUUACCGAUCUUUGUCAAACUCAAGCACAGCUACAGGUACGACUGUUAUCGAGUGCAUGAAGUCGCAGGAGAGCUCAGAGUCACAGACAUCCCAGUCUGGAUCCAGAGCCACCACUCCCUCACUGCCGUCAGUCGAGGGUGAGUUUAAGCUGUCCUCUCCAGAGAGGUUAGCAGGCCUGGCCAGCCCAUCCAGCGGCUACUCUAGUCAGUCAGAGACCCCCACCUCUUCAUUCCCCUCCACCUUCUUUCCCGGGCCACUGUCACCACCCAGUGGUAAGAGGAAGCCUAAAGUCCCUGAAAGGAAGUCUUCCCUUCCUUCCUUGUCCCUGCAGUCGCUCUCCUGCAGGGAUGGAGCCAACUCGAAGAAAGACCUGGAGCUGCCCAUAAUCCCUCCCUCCCACCUUGACCUAAGUGCCCUUCAGGGUGUCAACAAGGCCUUGGCUUACAGGACACAGAUUCAAAUCCUUCAGCAAAACAAACACAAAGCUGCUGCAGCACCCACUUACUCAGAGGUGUUCAACACCCGGCCCCUGUCCAUCACACCCACCGUGCUGCACUCAGUGCAGCUCCGCUCCUUCAAUAAAGACACAGAGGAAAGUCAUGAGGACAGAACAACUUUCAAACUGAAGUGUCCGACAGUGAACUUGAAAAGCACACUUUCCAGUAGUAAAUCAUUAGAGCUGAAGAGUCCACUGUUAUACAGCUCACGUCCUCACUACACAUCUUCGCAGGAGUUCUCUAAAUCAAUGUUUAGCUCUAAUGAGGAGCUUGCAUGUGGAGAAGCUGCAUGUCAGAGUGAGCUGAGGACCGAGCCGGACAAAGACUCUUCUCUAGAGAGUGAGACAGCGUGCAGGCUCCAAUCAGAGCCGUCAGCAGACGUCCGUGACACAACCACAAGCCAGGAAGAAGAGAUGUGCAGAGAGUCGGUAGAAAUACCUGUCUGCUCUGUGGACUGCAGCCCACAGUCAGAGCCCGUAGCACAACCGAGAAGUGAGCCCUCUGAAGAACAGCUGUGUUCAACUCCCUCUGUUCUGCACAGUUCACCCAGUGGAUCCCACAGUCUUGAUGAAGUGUCUGCUACUGACGGUCAAUCUGAGUCGAUUCAAGAGAGUCCAAUCAGCAAUGAAGAUUACAAAGAGGAGGAAUGUGACUCGUCAGGUGUUUCAGCAGAAAGUGCCUCCCAGGACGGGAAGGACGAGUCCACACCAGAGACAGAGGAUUACUUCAAUAAAGACUCCACACCCAGUGACACUGUAGUGUCGCCGCUGAGUGAUGAGUCACGGCCAGAGGACGACAAUGUGUUUCUGUCACCCAACAGAACUCGCACCACUGAGGACUUGUUUGCAAUGAUACACAGGUCCAAAAGGAAAGUGUUGGGUCGGAAAGACUCCACUGAGUCGGGUGCGAAGAACCGUCUUAAUACUGCAUCAGCAAACACACCACCCAGCAGCACCAUCAGCUCCCCAGUCUCACUGGUGUCGCCCACCUCCGCCGUGACCCCACCGGGGCCGCAGAGAGUCCCUGUGCCCAUCUACAGGAACGUAAAGAAGUCUAGCACCUCCAACGAGGAAUUUAAACUGCUGCUGCUCAAAAAGGGCAGCCGCUCAGAUUCCAGUUACCGCAUGUCAGCGACAGAGAUCCUCAAGAGCCCCAUCGCUCCUAAAUCUCCAGGAGAUUCUCUGACCGAUUCGCCCGGGCCGCCCGAGGACUUCUCGUCCCCCUUGCAACAACAGCAGCUUAAUUCAGGGCCAGAUCAGGUCUCCAGCCCCUACCCCAGAGCCUACUCUGAGGGCUUCUCUCCCAAAUCCUUCCCCACAUCGGCUGCCUCCAGGCAGGGCCGCCCCAGAAUCCCCCCGCCCGCCAACAGCAGCCGCUACGGCAUGCGCAGCAGACUGUUCUCAGCUCCCAUGCAGGCCAUUUCCGAGGGUGAGGCGGAGAACUCAGACGGAAGUCCUCACGAUGACCGCUCAUCACAGGGCUCCACGUAGAAAACAGAGUAUAAAUGUCAAAGGUAUGAAAUUAUUUUUUUAGUUUAAACAUCAAACAGAUGGACCAGAGUGGGUAAUAAUAUAUACUAGUUGUGAUGAGGAUAAUUUGGUUACACAGAAGGCUAGGGGAAAACCUAUGCUGUUAAAAAAAUCAUAAUUGAACUAAAUAUGGAUGAGAUUUAUAGCUGUUUCCUAUUUGUGUUUUUUUGUUGAUAUUUUAAACCUGUGUUUCGCUGUGUUCAAAAAUAUUUUAUACAUUUAGUUAUUCUAAAAUUUAAAUAAAAUGUUAGUAGAAGAACUGAGUUAUUCAGCAGCUUCAUUUUGUAGAAAAAUAUGAUUUUUUAAAAUUAAUUACAGGUAAAACAUUUCUCCAGUUGAGUUCCACUGAAAACACAAGCUGGUUAGUGUAUGGCACAUUGCCCAAAGCCAUAUAUGACUCCCAGCAGACUCCCAACAAAACAAGUAUAUUCAUGUUUGAUCUGUUUUCACUCUUCUGCCGACAAAAAACUCUGAAAUUUCCAUAUUUUAUAGACAUUAAAAUAGACAAAUAUAUUUAAAGAACUGUAUGUAUUCUAUGAAUACUUAUGCAAUUAGACACACAAUUUGUACAUUUUGUAACACCAGUUAUACCAAAAUUAUUUUGAUACCCACAACUGAACAUCAGGACAAACACAAACAGCACAACCCAUCAACUCAAAGUCCUGGGAGACAUUUGAAGUAAUGUGUUUAAAUACUUCCCUCAGUCCCUUUUAAGAGCAUGUAUUAAUGAAAUCAAUGAAAUGUGAUUUAUUACAACAUUUUAAAGUUCUAAUGCAAUAACGCUAGGAAUUAGAGGUGAGACAGGAAACGUCAGAGCCAAGCACUAAGUUGACAAUCUCUGGAGAAAAGGAGCGAGCAGGUGAAAACAUAGGAGAAGAAAAAGUUAUCAAAAAGUUGCAGGAGGUGAAACAGGAGAGCUUUAGGAGAAAGACAAAAUGAAAAAAGAUUGAAAAAUGUAAUAAAAAGUAAUUUAUGGUUUACUGACUGAAUUGUUGAAGGAAGCGAGUGGAAAGUGUUCAGGAGGAUCAAAAAUACAAAUACAGACAAUGAAGCUGUUUUCAGACAUGAACUCUGGAGAUUGGGUCCAGACUGCGUUCACAGCAACACAGAAUCCAAUCACUUGGCCCCUAUCACCAGAAGCUCUCUUGACAUCUUCGUCUGUAUCUUUGACAUGUGUGAGAUGUUUGUAUUCUUUUAGUUUUUCAUUUUUGUGUCUGUUGCGUGUAAGAAAUGAUAUCAACACACACGCUAACUCAAAGUAAAUCCUGUGAAGGAACUCCUUCUGUGUUCUCACAUUGACUAAUUAGGACACUAUCCAGAGAUUUAACUAGGGGGAAGGCAGGACAAACUGAUGAGUUUGCGCUCUCACAUACAGCCCCUCCGGAGAAUGUCCUCGGAUAAUCCAGAGUUCUGUGCAUGUCUGAAAGCAGCUUUCGUCACCAAGCAGCUUUGGGCCUCAGCAAGUCGAGUGUUUCAGUUAGGAUGGAGGACGUAGGGUCACAUUAGGAGCCAGGUUAUCGUCUACGAUGUAAAUUAUAGAUCUGGAGUUGUGGCAUUUGCUGCUUUUUUGUAGCAGAUGUUGGUCAAUUUUACUCCCAGUCAGAAGCAGAACAGUCAAAUUUUCUGUGUGAACUAAUAUCAAUAUAUUUAUUUUUAUACCCCACACAGAAAAUCUCCAUACACUCCCUGAUAUGGUUUAAAACAACCCCCCACCCCCCCAAAAAAGAAAAAUUUUAUGAAAUCAUGCAAUGAAUUGCUGGAAUUUUAAACAUAUUUUAUUCAAUUGCUUAUUUUGUUUGUAAGAGGCAAAGGAAACAAUUUAUUUGAGACACUGGCUUGCAGAGACAAAUAAGUAGGCAACACAUUAAAUGUCAUUAAAGAUGACACACACACAGCCAUAAGCUAGAAGAGAGGUUAUAGCUGUAACCCUGGUACUCUGAAGCUGUUUUUGAUAAAUAAAUAGUGUUUACUGCAGUGAUCAGGAAUUAUGCAAAGCUGGUGGAGUCUCUGUAGCCAUAUGACCAUGUUAGAAGACUGUUCUUCACUACUGCUGCACUGUAAGUGUCUUCAUUUUGGCCUUAAUAAUGACACUCCGCUCUGAGGCAGUUCCAUACAUGUAUAACAGGGUACACAGUGGGUUAUGUCUGUUAACCUUCAUUCCAACAUUUGAUUUUCUUUUCUUUGCACUGAUAAAGUGAUGUUUCAUUGGUCUCUCGCUGUACCUGGACAUAUUUAUAGACUUUUACACGGAGCUGUUUGACUCUUCUUUGAAUUUUAUCCUCACUCUGAGUUCGCUGUAGGAGUGGUGUAGAUGCUUCUGCCAAAGGCUGCAACAUGUACGUGUUAUUGGCAUCAAACCGUUUUCUUCUCAUCUUGUUUACGUGGCUCAAGCGUUCUUGAAAACACAAACCAACACUAAAGGAGCAUUAGUGUAACUUAAGGUACUCGAUGCAUUUCAUGUCCAAUCAACCUCUAUAGUAUAAUGUUGUUGUUUUUGUACAAACAUGUUGUAAAUACAAUAACUUUUGUAAGUGUCACAAAGGUUGUUUAAUUGUUUCUUGUGUAAAAAAAAUAUGUUUUGAACGUUUACAUUAAUUUCAGACCUUUGUAUAUUUUUGAGCUUUGGAACACUUUGUCUUGUAUUUAUUUUUUAGUAAGCAUUGUGGAAAUCCCAUAGUAGAUCCUAUCAAAGCCAACUGUGAGCACAACAGGCUGCUUAGCAAAUGUGUAUAAAACAGACAAAUAAAUGUGACUGCUUUGAAAAUGAA